AUGUCUUCUAACACUUCGAACUAUCUAUUUCAAACCAACGAUGAUUUUGCAAUGAUUGAGUAUGGUAUUGCUGACUUUGUAAUAGCAGCACCACUAUUCCCGUUGUUUUUUGUAAUCAUGAAAAACAAUUCGAGAGGACUGUUUGAAAUUUUUGGGGUUUCGAGAGAGGAGACGUGUCGCAUCUGUCGUAAUUUCCAAGUUGUCUUCGAUACAUCCAACGGAAACCCGUGCAACGGAAACUAA